GUGCCUGCAUAAAUAUCACCAACAGCCAGUGCCAAAUGCUGCCAUAUAACUACACCACUGUAACUUCAGUUCUUUCCAUAGUCAAAAGUAUUGAAAUGGAAAAGUUCCUGAAGUUCUUCAGUUAUCUCAAUCGUCUCAGCUGCUAUCAACACAUCAUGCUGUUUGGCUGUAGUCUUGCUCUUCCUGAAUGCAUCAGUGACGGUGAUGACAGUCGAGGCCUCUUGCCCUGCAGGACAUUUUGUGAGGCAGCAAAAGAAGGCUGUGAACCAGUCCUGGGUAUGGUAAAUGCUUCUUGGCCAGAAUUCCUGAAGUGCUCUCAAUUCCAGAACAAAACUGAAAAUGACACCACUACAAGGGUAUGCUUCUCACCACACCAAGAAAAAGGAAAGCAGUCACUGUGUGGAGGAGAGAGUUUCUUGUGUGCCAGUGGGAUCUGCAUCCCAGGGAAACUGCAGUGUAAUGGCUACAAUGACUGUGAUGAUUGGAGUGAUGAAGUCCACUGCAACUGCAGUGAUGAUCAAUUUCGUUGCAAUACAGGAAAAUGCCUAAAUUAUACCUUUGUUUGUGAUGGAUAUGAUGACUGUGGAGACCUUAGUGAUGAACAAAACUGUGAUUGUAAUCAGGUGACACAUCAUCAGUGUGGAGAUGGGAGAUGUAUAACAGCUGACUGGGUAUGUGACGGUGACCAUGACUGUGUAGACAAAUCAGAUGAAAUCAAUUGCUCAUGUCAUAGUCAGGGUCUGGUGGAAUGCAGAAAUGGGCAGUGCAUUCCUAGUGCAUUCCAGUGUGAUGGAGAUAAUGACUGUAAAGAUGGAAGUGAUGAAGAAAACUGCAGUGAAAGUCAAACCCUCUGUCAGGAGGGAGACCAGAGAUGUACUUCCUGUCCUGAUCCCUGUGGAACUUCUCUCUGUGAGAUGAGAAACAGCCAGACAAACUGCAGUCAGUGUGAACCAAUUACUCUGGAACUCUGUAUGAACUUGCCUUACAACUAUACUUAUUACCCAAACUACCUUGGCCACAGGACACAGAAGGAAGCCUCUAUCAGCUGGGAGUCUUCUCUUUUCCCAGCCUUGGUUCAGACCAACUGUUACAAGUACCUUAUGUUUUUUGCCUGUACAAUCCUAGUGCCAAAAUGUGACCCCCAUACAAAUCAGCGGAUCCCACCUUGCAGAACUUUAUGUGUACAGUCUAAGGAACGCUGUGAGUCUGUGCUUGGGAUUGUAGGUCUGCAGUGGCCAGAAGAUACUGACUGCACUCAGUUUCCAGAUGAGAACUUGGACAACCAAACUUGUCUAACACCAGAUGAAGAAGUAGAAGAAUGCUCACCCAGUCACUUCAAGUGCCGUUCUGGGAGGUGUGUCCUGGCAUCCAGAAGAUGUGAUGGUCAGGCUGACUGUGAGGAUGACAGUGAUGAGGACAGCUGUGGUUGUAGAGAAAGGGGUCUUUGGGAGUGUCCUUUGAAGAAGCUGUGCAUCAAACACACUAUGAUCUGUGAUGGUUUCCCAGACUGCCCUGACAUGAUGGAUGAAAAGAACUGCUCAUUUUGUGAAGAGAGUGAACUUGAGUGUGCCAACCAUGAAUGUGUGCCACGUGAGCUCUGGUGUGAUGGGCAAGCAGACUGCAGUGACAGCUCAGAUGAAUGGGACUGUGUUACCCUGUCUAAAAACAUGAAUUCCUUGAUGUUCCUGACCAUUCACAGGUCAGCUGCUGAUAACCAUGUUUGUGCUGAUGAGUGGCAAGAAAAUUUAAGCCAACUGGCCUGCAAUCAGAUGGGUUUAGGGUAA